AUGGUGGAAUACGUCGCCUCCGCAAAUUUCAGUUUAAUGGCACUGUGCAAGUUAGUCGGUACUUGGUAUCACGGUGAAACACUUCGAACGCUGAUGAUAUCGAUCAUGACCGAUUGGAUGACUUCGACAAACAACUGGGAACGAAAUACAAUGUUAAAUAUAGCGAAACGUGGCAGAACCUUAUCUGUUAGAUGUUUUGUAACCAUGACGGGUACAGUCACGUUUUACAUAUGUCUCAACCUCCUGAAAUUCUAUCGAAGUGUGCAUCAACCUCAAAGGAAUCUUGUGUAUCGAUUUUCCUAUCCUUACAAUACUCAAAAUACUCCGAAUUACGAAAUCACUUUUUUUACUCAACUUUCUGGCGGCAUGUACUCGGCUAUGAUCAACUGUACCAUCGAUACUUUUAUCUCGAUACUUGUGCUACACAUAUGCGCACAGUUGAUAAAUCUACGAAUGGCACUUAACAAUCUGGUCGACGAGCUAGCCAAAGGAUCUAUAUCUUCCUCGAGAUUUAAGAAAGGCCUAAUUGCGAUUACUAUACGUCACGAACAUCUUAUCAGGAACGCAAACACAGUCGAUAAAUGUUAUAGCGCAGUGUUAUUUGUGCACAUGCUAGCCGCUACUUUUCAGCUGUGUUUUGAAAGUUUUCAAGUUUUCACGAUAAUAACAAGCCAUUUGGGUAUACCUAUUAUCAAAAUAACCUUCCUAUCGUUUUACUUCUCUCUUGUAUUGACGCAUUUGUAUUUUUACUGUUAUUCAGCCGAAAAACUUUCAACGGAGAGCACAAAUAUGGCGAAUGGCGUGUAUGAAUGCAAAUGGUAUGAUAUACCACCAAGAGAUGCAAAGAAUUUAUUGUUUAUGAUAUAUCGAUCUACAAUUCCGCUUAAACUGACAGCUGGAAAAUUUGGAACUUUUUCAUUAGAAAUGUUCGGAACAACGGUGAAAACGUCAAUGGGAUACUUAUCUGUAUUGCUAACAAUGAUGGAUUAUUUGAAUUAUAUGUUUACCCUGACUCGCCAGUGGCUAUGGGUAUUUGGCAUAUGGCCCGAUCCACAUAUGUCUUUAAGUGACUUUCGUUGGCCAAAUAUACGAUUCAUUAUCAUCAUAUGUAAUAUAAGUCUGUACGUAUCCGCGCCGCAAAUGAUGAAUGUGAUUCGUGCUUGGGGUAAUUUAACGCGAAUGGUGGAAAAUUUUGUUUCCGCGAAUUUUAGCUUGAUGGCAAUAUGCAAACUGCUCGUUACCUGGUAUCAUGGCAAGAAAAUCAUUCAAAAGAGUCCAAACUACGAAAUCACCUACAUUAUUCAACUUUUCGGCGGUGCAUAUUCAGUCUUCGCUAACUACAUGAUUGAUAGUUUUGUCUCGGUACUUGUGCUGCAUAUAUGCUCGCAACUCAUAAAUCUGAGAUUAACAAUGAACAAUAUGGUGAACGAAUUAGCUAAUAAUUCUAUAUCUUCUUCAAGAAAAGAAAGAUUUAAAAAAGAUUUAGCUGCAAUUGUAGUACGACAUGAACAUCUCAUCAGGAACGCAAAAACGAUCAAUGGUUGCUACAGCUCAGUAUUGUUUAUGAAUCUAUUAUUUACUACUCUUCAAAUGUGUUUUAUAGCUUUUCAGUUUUUCAUGCGUAAUAUAUUGUGA